AAAACGAUUUCCGUUUUUCCGAAAAACAGCAGUACAGUCAUCAGAGCAAAUAGGCAGAAGCAGUCAGAGCAGAAGAAUUUGAAAGUUACUACAAUUUGUUGUUACCUAACCAAGUCUUUAAAUUUGUUAAGUGUCUAUGGUUAUUAGCAUCGUUAGUUCUAAAGCUAACUAGCCGAAACUGUAAGUUUAAAAUAAGUUUUCGAAGUAUCCAAACUAACCUAAAUCAUCCAUAUUAGACGUGUGCAGGAACUGGUACAGCGUUUAGCGUAACCAAAAUAGUUGUUCGAAGACUGAUUAAUCUAAAAGCAUUCGUGACUGAACAUACUGGCGUUAGUCUUUGCUCUUUAGAAGUCGGUCCCUUCUCCACAACUUGGUUACCGGAACAAACUUUUAGAUUAAUCAAGAUUAUGGACCACAACAAUGUGGAAACGCCUGUUGCUGAGUCGAAUUGCGUCAAUUGCGAUCGAUUGGAUAGCGCUGACAAUCUUGUUCAAUGCGAUCAAUGCGAUGCUUGGUGGCACAUGUCCUGCGCACAAGUAUCGCAAUCGGUCGAAAAUCGUCAAUGGAUAUGCCGAGCGUGCCAAGUACAGGAACACAACAGUAUCCGAUCGGGAUCUCCUACCAACGCAAAUCGCCUAGAACUGCAGAUGCGCAAAUUGGAAGAACGACAUGCGUUGGAAAAGAAGUUCCUGGAAGAGAAAUAUAGACUUCUCGAAAUGGAGAUGGAUAAUUCACCAGAAAAUGUGAGCACCGGCAUCAGAAGCAGUGCGGGUGAACAAACAGAUUUCAACAAGGUGAGGCUGUGGAUUAACGCGUGUGAAGAAAAUCAAGCAGGAGCCGCUGGUGGUCGAUCCAAUGCCCAGUUGAUGACAGAGCACACAUCACGCAACCAUGAUUGGAAUGUUGCUAAUGACCCGACAACUAGUGGAAGAAGAAUGUGUUACGAAAAUACCAACGAAGAAGAACCGGAUUUGUAUUGGCAGCGCAGUGACGAAGAGAGGACACAAAGCAAUCGUAAACCCUCACAACAGACUGGCUCCGUUUUAACAAAUUACUACGAAUCCACCACCAUGGGCACCAGGCCCAUCCCGAAGCCUAGAAGAUUGAUGCUAAGUGAAACCAAAAGCGAAUGUCAGAAAGAAGGUUUUGAGUUCCCUAUCCCUCCCCCUCGAACACAAGACUGUGGAUUUGUAGCGCAUAUCAAGUGCUCUGAGUUGGUGCCCGCCAAAUGUGUGCCAGAUUUGAAGCGGUUACGUGGAAUAUUUGGCGUGGACUUAACUACGUUGGUUACUGCACACAAAUGUAAGAUUCCAUUCAUUGUUAAAAAAUGCGUUGAAGAAGUCGAACGCCACGGUAUGCUACAGGAAGGAAUAUAUCGCAUCUCUGGGUUCGCCGAUGAAAUCGAUGCUUUAAAAAUGGCUUUAGAUAAAGAUGGUGAAAAGGCCGACAUGGCUGUGCUGGCGUAUAGCAAUAUAAAUGUUAUUUCCGGUGUUUUGAAACUGUACCUACGACUACUUCCAGUUCCACUGAUUACGUUUCAUUCUUAUCCAGCCUUUAUGAAAUCAACAGUAAACAAGACAAUUGGAGAACAAGUGCAAACCUUACGGGACGCCAUCAAGCUACUACCACUAGCUCAUUUCAAUUGCUUGAAAUAUAUUUUAGAACAUCUCAAUAGAAUUGCUUCACACCAUGCUAUCAACAAGAUGAAUGAAUCAAAUAUUGCUACAGUGUUCGCUCCAACUUUGAUUGCUACACCACAACACUUGACGGAUUUAUCACAGGAGAUCAACAUGCUCACAUCACUUAUUACGCACUGCCAUACAGUAUUCCUAUGACUUAUCAUAUUUAUGUUUAUUCUGCCGUAAUCUCAUAUACACUCUGAAAUAAAUCCACACAGAAAAAAAUUCCGUGGUAAAAAAUACUA